UCAAUCAAUAUCCGAGUUCUUGAAGACAUGUCCAUGUGAUCCUUCAAAUGCUCUCGUCUCUCACAAAUCCCCAACCUAACGCCUCUUCACCACUCAUUCCUUUAAUUUCCUCUAUAUAUAUUCAUAGUUCAUACACAUUGUUUUACAACCAGAACAAGUCAUCUCCUCAGAUCCCUCUUUCGUUUUUUGUAAUCUUCACAAUAUAUCAUCCUUCUGGGCGCCCAACAGUAUAGAUAGCUAGAUAGAAAUGGCUAUUCGUUUGGCUGCUAUUUUACAUGCUAAGCACAUUCUCCGACGAUCAAACUCAUUUGCAAAGCAAGCGGCUUCCAUGUCUUUAGACGUUCCGAAAGGCUGUUUUGCAGUAUAUGUUGGGGAGGGCGAAAAGAAGAGAUUCGUGAUUCCAGUAUCAUUUCUGAACCAGCCUUCAUUUCAAGAAUUGCUAAGCAAAGCCGAGGAAGAAUUCGGCUUUGAUCAUCCCAUGGGUGGUCUCACAAUUCCCUGCAGCGAAGAUAUCUUUGUUGAUCUCACUUGUCGCUUGCAUGAAUUGUUGUAAUAGAAAAAGAAGCAGUGACAGUUUUGUAACUGAAUGUACAUUCUAUCUAUUCUUCUUCUUCUUCUUGUUGAUAUAAGAAGAAAUUGAAACAUGAACAUGAUUGAGUUGAAACUUCUCUUUAAAC